UUACACAGAGUGGUACCAAACUAGUAUACAUGUAUUUCCAAUUCAAUGCUAUUAUAAAACAAACUCAUCUCCAAGUUAUUGGUCGUUCAGAAACUUGUUCAAGUACUCUAAUGGCUUUGAGCUCAAGCUUGUUUCACUACUGCGUACUCUGCAUCUUUGUUUUGAUUGCUUGUUUUACUACCCCAAUUGUCUCUAUUAGCAGUCAUGAAAAAUCUCAAGCUGCCCUUUUCGUGUUUGGUGAUUCAGUAUUCGAUCCUGGGAAUAAUAACUACAUCAAUACCGUUACUGACUUCCAAGCAAAUUUUCGGCCGUAUGGAGAAUCAUUCUUCAAGCACCCUACUGGACGAUUCUCCGAUGGACGUCUCAUUCCUGAUUUUAUCGCUGAAUAUGCUAAUUUGCCGUUGAUUCCAUCAUAUUUCCAAAUUGGCAAGCAACAUUUUGUUCAUGGGGUAAACUUUGCAUCAGGUGGUUCUGGUGUUUUGGUCGAAACCCUUCGUGGCUUUGUAAUAGAUCUUAAAACACAGUUGAAACAUUUUAAAAAAGUGGCAAAAUUGUUGAAGAAGAAGGUCGGGGCAACAGAGUCCAAACAAAUCAUCUCCAGUGCUGUCUAUAUAUUUAGCACUGGCAAUAAUGAUUAUUUGGCUCCUCUUUUAGCAAAUUCGACUAUUCCAUAUCCUGAGAGAGAAUAUCUACAGAUGAUUAUGGGCAAUUUGACAUCUGUUUUGAAGGGAAUUUACAAGAAAGGAGGGAGAAAAUUUGUCAUGUUUACUGCGGCUCCAUUAGGUUGUGUCCCUAUAAUUAGGGCACUUAAUGUUCAAAAGGGAGUUAAGAAUGGCAAUUGCAUAGAGGAGGAGAUCACAAACUCGGCGAAAAUGUAUAAUUCAGCUCUCCCAAAAAUGCUCAAACAACUGGAGAAGCAAUUGCCAGGAUUUAAGUUUACAAUAUUCAACUUCUUCAAUGUAUUUGCUGAAAGCAUUCAUAAUCCAACAAAAUAUGGUUUUAAGACAUCAAAGACGGCUUGUUGUGGGACGGGUCCAUUUCGAGGGAUUUUUAGUUGUGGAGGCAAGAGGCACGUAAAAGAGUACGAGUUAUGUAAGAACGUGAAAGAUUACUUGUUUUUCGAUUCUGUUCACCCGACUGAGCUGGCCUACGAACAAUACGCUGAAUUACUAUGGAACGGAACUACAGAUGUGGUUGCACCUUACAAUCUAAAAUCCUUUUUUGAACAUUCAACAUAACGUGAUGGUGGCAAGAUGACUUCAUAUCUCAGUCCUUCGUACUUGAACAAAGUUGAGAAAUUAGUUGAAUCAUGCAAUGCACUUUUCAUUUGUAUAUGCAAUAAAAGAAGGAUCUGUAAUAGAAUCUCCUGUUUAUUAGGGAAGUCAUAUUGUGAUUAAUAAAAAAACAUCCCCUCUUUUAGGCCAUCUCCAACCCUAACACCAAAUUUCACACCAAAAUGGUGUAACACCAAAUUUACUCCAACCAUUACACCAUUUUUUACACCAAAUCUUCUCUCUCUUCUAUAUUAU